UCACUUCUCUUCUCUUUCCCCAGAUCUGCCUCUGCCAUUUGACUCUUCUCUAGGAGGAGCACUCUUCUCUCGGAGACCGGGAAUAUGGCCCCAGGGCUCCUGACGACCACAGAUGAGGCAUUAAUGGCCUUCAGGGACGUGGCUGUGGCCUUCACCCAGAAGGAGUGGAAGCUCCUGAGCCCUGCUCAGAGGACCCUGUAUCGGGAUGUAAUGCUGGAGAACUACAGCCACUUGGUGUCACUGGGAAUUGCCUUUUCCAAACCCAAACUCAUCACACAACUGGAGCAAGAGGACGAGCCCUGGAGAGAGGAGAGCGAACGUCUGCUGGACCUUUGUCCAGCAGAACCAAGGACAGAAUUCUGGCCCUGUCUCUCCUGCCCGGUAGCCUUUUCCAGUCCGCAGUUCCUCAGACAAUAUGUGCUGUGCGGUCACCCCCCUCCGAUCUUCCCAAGCUCAUCUGCAGGAAGCCACUUCCCACUAGAAGCUCCUCACUGCUUGAGUGAAAAAGUAGAAGAUGGAGAGAGAGGAGGCUCUGGCACUGUGUUCAGGAGCCUGCGGCUGAGCGGGACUUCAAGGACAUUCUUCAGCCCAUCUCAAGGUCAGCCAGUAGACUGGGUGGAAGGCAACAGAGGUGGAGUAAUAGACCAUGACCCAACCCAGGGGGUGAGCCCUGAGGAGGUAGACACCAUGUUGACAGGAGCAGACAUCUCAGAACCCGGAGCAGUCCUAUGUGGAAAAUGUGGAUUAGGACUUAGGACAAAAUCAAGCCUCUGUAGCCUCCAGAAGCAUCAUGUGUGCCCCGAAUGUGGCAGAGGCUUCUGCCAGAGGUCAGACCUCAUCAAGCACCAGAGGACACACUCAGGGGAGAAGCCUUAUAGCUGCAGAGAGUGUGGGCGAGGCUUUGGCCGGAAGUCCUCCCUCACCAUCCACCAGAGGAAACACUCCGGGGAGAAGCCUUAUGUGUGCAGGGAGUGCGGGCGACACUUCAGGUACACGUCCUCGCUCACGAACCACAAGAGGAUACACUCCGGGGAGAGACCCUUUGUAUGUCAGGAGUGUGGGCGAGGCUUUCGCCAAAAGAUUGCCCUCAUCCUGCACCAGAGGACACACCUGGAGGAGAAGCCCUUCGUGUGUCCCGACUGUGGGAGAGGCUUUUGCCAGAAGGCCUCGCUCCUCCAGCACCAGAGCUCACAUUCGGGUGAGAGGCCCUUCCUGUGCCUUGAGUGUGGGCGUGGCUUCAGGCAACAGUCGCUGCUCCUCAGUCACCAGGUCACACACUCAGGGGAAAAGCCUUAUGUCUGUGCCGAUUGUGGGCACAGCUUUCGCCAGAAGGUCACCCUCAUCAGACACCAGAGGACGCACACAGGGGAGAAACCUUACCUGUGCCCUGAGUGUGGGCGCGGCUUCAGCCAGAAGGUCUCCCUCAUGGGACACCAGAGGACGCACACAGGGGAGAAGCCUUACGUGUGCCCCGAGUGUGGGCGUGGCUUUGGUCAGAAGGUCACCCUCAUCAGACACCAGAGGACGCACACAGGGGAGAAGCCGUACCUGUGCCCUGAGUGUGGACGUACAUUUGGCUUCAAGUCACUCCUCACGAGACACCAGAGGACACACUCAGGGGAGGUGGCUGAUGUGUACGGAAUGUGUGAGCAAGGACUUGGCCAGAAGUCCCACCUUACCUCUGACCAGAGGACACACUUGGGAGAGAAGCCGUGCGUGUGUGGUGAGUGUGGGCGUGGCUUUGGCUUCAAGUCAGCUCUCAUCAGACACCAGCGGACCCAUUCGGGAGAGAAGCCGUACGUGUGCAGGGAGUGUGGUCGUGGCUUUAGCCAGAAGUCGCACCUCCACAGACAUAGGAAGACCAAGUCUGGCCAUCACCUCCUGCCACAAGGGCUGUUCUCCUGACCUUUCCUUUCCCUGUGAGUGUGAAGAUGGCAGAAAUCAUUAGGAAAUGUUCUGCUUUCUUGAAAUGGAAUGGAGGAAAAAAAUGUUGCUUUCUUUCGGUAUUCAUGAGAUAGUUGGUUUAUGGUUUACUUUCUAAGCAGCAGUCCUUCUCUAUAUUAGAUGGCCUUUUGUUUUAAUAAACUGCUUCUUUACAAAGCUGCACAA